UUAUUGUCUUCACUUGAAACACUUAGUUUUGGUUUCCAAUUUGACCAACCACUUAGCCAAUGUUCUAUUCCACAUUCAGUUAAACAUCUAACAUUAAGUAGCGAUUUCGAUCAAAUAAUUAAUAAAGGAGAUUUACCAAGUUCAUUAGAGAGAUUGGUUUUUGGAUAUAGUUUUAACACACCACUAAAUGAAGGAUCUAUACCAUCUUCAGUUACUUCCAUAACAUUUAGUAAUUGUUUCAACCAACCACUUACAAAAGGAUUGAUACCCCAAUCUGUUAAAAUAUUAAAGUUGGGAGAAUUUUUCAAUCAACCACUUUUCGAAGGAUCAAUUCCACCAUCUGUAGAAAUUAUAAAUUUUGGUAAAUAUUUUAAUCAACCACUCUCACCAGGAAUUUUACCAUCAUCUGUGGUCGAAUUAACAUUUUUAGGUCAAUUUAAUCAACCUCUUGAAGCAAGAUCUAUACCUCAUUCAGUCGAAAUACUAGCAUUUAGUGAUAACUUUAAUCAACCACUUAAACCAGGAGAUAUACCACCAUAUGUAAAAACACUAAUAUUCGGAUAUCAUUUUAAUCAACCACUUAAACCAGGCGAUAUACCACAUUCAACGGAGACUAUAACUUUAGGAUAUGGAUUUACCCAACCACUUAUUCAAGGAUCGAUACCACCAUCAGUUACAACAAUAAUAUUUAGUAAUAAAAAAACUCAAAAACUUUCUUUAAAAGCAAUUCCAUCAACAGCUAAGGUAAUGACAUUU